GUCACCAAUGAGAUCACGCCAGUGCUGUCCUACUCAUACCUGGUGGUGCUGGUGCCCGUGUUCCUGGUGACGGACCUGGUGCGCUACACGCCGGUGCUGGUGCUGCAGGCGCUGAGCUUCGUGUGCGUGUGGCUGCUGCUGCUGUUCGGCCACUCGGUGCUGCACAUGCAGCUCAUGGAGUUCUUCUACGGCCUCACCAUGGCCUCGCGCAUCGCCUACUCCUCCUACAUCUUCUCGCUGGUGCCACCCGCCCGCUACCAGCGCAUGGCCGGCUACUCGCGGGCCGCCGUGCUGCUGGGUGUGUUCACCAGCUCCAUGCUGGGCCAGGUGCUGGUCACGGCCGCCAAGCUGCCCUUCUCCACGCUCAACCAGCUCUCACUGGGCCUCCUGCUCUUCAGCCUGGUCCUCUCCCUCUUCCUCAGGCGGCCCAAGCGCAGUCUCUUCUUCCACCGCAGGGCGGCCCCAGCCGAGGGGGCCACACCUGCCGAGCUGUGCCGCAUGAAACCAGGGCAGGGGCGGCCAGGAGGGCGGCGGGCGGCCUGGCGGGACUGGACGCUGGUAUGCAUGAUGCGGGAGCUGGCGGUCAGCGCGCGGCGGCCGCAGCUGCGGCUCUGGUCCUUCUGGUGGGUGUUCAGCUCAGCUGGCUACUACCUGGUCGUCUACUACGUGCACAUCCUCUGGAACGAGGUGGACGCCAAUGUCAACUACAACGGCGGGGCCGAUGCAGCCUCCACCCUGCUGGGUGCCAUCACAUCCUUUGCCGCGGGCUUCCUGAAGCUGCGCUGGGCGCUGUGGGGGAAGCUGGUCAUCGCGUGUGUGACGGCCGCGCAAGCCGGGCUGGUCUUCCUCAUGUACAACUCGACCAUCUGGCCUUGCUACACGGCCUUCGUCCUCUUCCGCGGCGCCUACCAGUUCCUCGUGCCCAUUGCCACGUUUCAGAUUGCGUCCUCCCUCUCCAAGGAGCUCUGUGCCCUGGUCUUCGGUAUCAACACCUUCCUGGCCACCAUCCUCAAGACUGUCAUCACCCUGAUUGUGUCUGACAAGAGCAGCCUGGGGCUCCCCGUGAAGAAACAGUUCCAGGUCUACUUCGCCUACUUCCUGGUACUGUCGGCCACCUACCUCUUGGCGGCGCUGGUGGGGGGCCUGAGUCUGUGCACAUGGAGACAUCACCUGCCACUGCCCCAAGCCCAAGAGAUGCAGAGCCCAGUUGAGAAGGCCGCCACAGGCACCUGGGGGUCCAGCAGCAGGACGGAUUGUGGGAGCAGAGCCAGCCACCCCCCAGGGCCUGACCAGCCUCCUGACGUGUGCUGUACCACUGUUUCCUGUCCUGAGCCCAGGCUGGACACACAGCCAGGCCCGCAGUGCGGGAGGACCAGAGCACUGGCAUGGCUCCGGCCCAGUCUAAAUUCCCACGUGCAGACGAGGAGCGUGACGUGGCGGCCACAAUGACCCUUACCCCACUGAGGGCAGGCGGAUGCCAGCCUGGCGCUGAUGAGGAGAGCCACUGCCCAUACGGAUGCCUGUUCUGGAUCCACACGACCGGGCUGGUGGGCUCAGGAGCCCCAGGCCCCCUACCUCCCCUGCACAUGUCCUGGCCCAAGGCUGGGUGGUGCCCAGGUGCUUUUGUUGCGGUACGGCCCACCUCUGCUAAACCCCGCGGUCUCCACAGCUGUUUCCAGGGCGUAGCAGGGCAAUGCUCCACGACCGUCCUUGCUCGGCCCUCAUGGCCCAGUGCCAUGGGCAAAGCAUGCCCUAUCCUACCUGGAGUGAGGUCAGGCAGGAAGUCUGCCCCCCAGCCACGGGCUGAGCCCUUCUGGGACCCUCACAGUCCAGGGCUGCAUGCUGAGCAGUACCCAUAACCAGGCCCCAGUAGAGGCCCCAAGCUCAGCGGGGCUGUCCAGGUGGGCUGGACACAGUCCCCAACCCCUCGUAGAGCUGGCUCUUCCCACAUGGUUGCAGGGAGACGGUUCCACUGGCAGAGAGUGGCCUGGAACCCCCCACCCCAUAAGCAUCAGGCCCCGCAUGCCUCUGUGAGACCUCAGCUCCACUCCAUCAGGCCUCCACGAGCCUCUUGGCCAGAUACUUCCAAGAGGCGGCAGCUGGGCAGGAGUCAGGGGACACCGGCUGCCCCUGGAAGAAAGCUCCCGAGUAUGGCCAGGUGCCAGAAGAGUGAGGCCUGCGCACCUGUCUCCACUGCCCACACAUCUCCACCCCUCCACACCUGUGUGCACCUGUAUCCACGUACACCUGUGGCCCCAUCUGCCCAUACCCACUUCUGUCUGCAUACCUGUGUGUGCAGGCACACUUGUGUACCCCACACCUAGUACGCUGGCUACAACAGGAGUGCUGAGAGGAGCUCGUGGGGCUUUCACUGCAGCCUGUGUGGAAACAUCCCGGAUCAAGGAUCUCCUCCCUUACAGCUGGGGCAAGUGGCUGGUUGCCCACUGCCUGACCAGCUCCAAGUAUCCCCUUCAACAUGGACAACGCCACAAUGUGUCCUUCCUGGGCAUGGAGCACAGUUGGGGCCCCACACUCAUGCUCUGGGCCACCCCCCAGGCCUGUUGCCAUUGCUGGGCUACCACCCAGGGGGUAGCGGGGUGUCCAGGGGGACCCGCUCUCCUGGGGUGGGCCUGGACAGGCCCAUUCCCUGCUACUGGCCAGUGCAGGCCCACCGCUGUGGGGGGUGGAAGGGUGCCUUGGGAAUGGGGGAGAAACUUUUAACAUCAGGGUGUU